AUGACGAAAAUUCCACUAUUCGUCUCUUCCCUUAUUAUUUUUCUUGUUCUUGCUACUUCAAUAAGUCCUUCACAUGAAAAUCAAACAUUUCUUGAAUGUCUUGAAACAAAUUCAAUCCCUUCUUAUCCAAUUUCCUCAUUAGUAUUUUCUCCAAAUAAUUCUUCAUUUUCAUCUGUUUUGCAAGCUUACAUAAGAAAUCUAAGGUUUAAUGAGUCCACAACUAGGAAACCUCUCUUCAUACUCACAGCUCAGCAUGAAUCUCAUAUUCAAGCAUCAAUUAUUUGUGCAAAAUCACAAGGUGUGCAAAUGAAAAUCAGGAGUGGUGGGCAUGACUACGAGGGUCUUUCUUAUGUGUCCGAUGUACCAUUUUUCGUCGUUGACAUGUUCAAUUUCCGGUCGAUAAAUGUUAGCAUUGAGGACGAAUCGGCUUGGGUUGAAGUAGGUGCAACCCUUGGUGAAGUUUACUAUAGAAUCGCUGAAAAAAGCAACGUGCAUGGAUUUCCUGCGGGAGUUUGCCCCACCGUAGGCGUCGGUGGUCACUUUAGUGGGGCCGGUUAUGGUAACAUGAUGAGGAAAUACGGCCUCACGGUCGAUAACAUUGAUGAUGCAAAAUUAAUCGAUGUUCACGGUCGAAUCCUCGACCGUAAGACCAUGGGGGAGGAUUUAUUUUGGGCUAUUACUGGCGGUGGAGGGGUAAGUUAUGGUGUCGUCUUAUCGUAUAAAAUAAAGUUGGUUAAAGUCCCACCAAAGGUGACAGUUUUUCGAGUCCCAAGAUUUUAUGACCAAAAUGCCCUCGACCUUGCUUACCUAUGGCAACGUCGCGCUGACAAAUGGGAUAAUGACCUUUUCAUGAGAAUGAUCAUUGACGUAGUCAAUAGCACUACACGUACCUCGGAGAAAACCAUAAGGGUGUCCUUUUUCACUUUAUUUUUAGGAGACUCUGAUCGACUUCUCUCACUUCUCAAUCAGAGUUUCCCCGAACUAGGGUUAGAACGAAAGGAUUGCAUCGAGAUGACUUGGAUCGAAUCCGUGCUUUACUAUACAAAUUCCCCAAUUACCCCUAUUGAUGCUUUGCUAAGUAGGUCACCUCCCCUAACAUACUUGAAAAGGAAAUCAGACUACUUGCAAAAACCAAUGUCAAAACAAGGGUUAGAGUUCAUAUUUAAGAAAAUGAUACAACUACAAACACCAACAAGUUUGACAUUUAAUCCUUAUGGUGGAAGAAUGAGUGAAAUUUCAUCUUUUGCUAAGCCAUUCCCACAUAGGGCUGGAAAUAUAGCCAAGAUUCAAUAUGCAACAAAUUGGAAUGAAAAAGGAGUUGAAGCUUCAAACCAUUAUCUCAACUUGACAAGAGUACUUUAUAACUAUAUGACACCCUUUGUGUCAAAAUCACCAAGGUUAGCAUUUUUGAAUUAUAGGGAUAUUGAUUUGGGAAUUACACAUAAUGGGAAAUUAAGUUAUUUUGAAGGAAAAGUGUAUGGGAUAAAAUAUUUCAAGAAGGAAAAUUUCAAUAGGUUGGUGAAGAUCAAGACUAAAGUUGAUCCUGAAAAUUUCUUCAGGAAUGAACAAAGCAUACCAGUUUAUCCUUCUUGGAGGAAUUAAGUAGAUAUUAAAGGGGAAAAUAUGGAUUAUUAUUAUUAUUAUUAUUUAAAGGGUCAUUUGAUGUAUUUCAUUUUUAAAUAUGAAUUAGUUGUUGUUUAAUUUGAUUCUUAAAAUGUAAUAUUCACACUAGUGAUAGAUCUCAGAUCUGUUUAUGAAGAUAAUG